AUCAGCCGGCCGAGGAGGCACCUCCGCAACCAAGGACAGGCCGACCAGAUUGACUCCUCCGGCCGCAGCGGCGGACGCAAACGCACGGCCCUGCAGACCCGGAGAUCCCCGUACCGAAGGCGUUUAACGGCGUCUGCACAGGCGUUUCUGGCCGGCAGCACUCAUAGUAUUUGCCCACCGACCAGAUGAUGUGGCAGCGCCUUUUCUCCUCAUCCUUUGCUUCUCUGGCUCUGAUAGAAGCAGACGGUGUUGCCAGGGUUAAAUAAAGCCAUAAACAUAACACACUCAUAGAAAAGCUACCGUUCUGUGUGCAAGUUUCCGUUCUGUCAGAGAGGCAUGGAGAUAACACAUUACAUGUUUGCCUGAUACCUCUGUUUCAGACCAGCUUUGAGAAUGCCCCUCUGAGAGACAGAGACAGAGAGAGAGAGCUGGUUCCAAAUUGAGCUCAACAUGUUAAGCACUCAGAGGGACAACGGCUGUGCAAACUCUGCAGAAGCCAAGAAAACAGACCUGAGAAUAACUGAGAAGAAAUGCUCAUGGGCUUCCUACAUGACAAAUUCUCCUACAAUGAUCGUAAUGAUCGGCCUGCCUGCAAGAGGGAAGACCUACAUGUCAAAGAAACUCACACGUUACCUCAACUGGAUAGGAGUCCCGACCAAAGUGUUUAACUUGGGCGUGUACCGCAGAGAGGCUGUCAGAGCUUAUAAGUCCUACGAUUUCUUCCGCCACGACAAUGAGGAGGCCAUGAAAAUAAGAAAGCAGUGUGCUCUGGUGGCUCUGCAGGAUGUGAAGGCAUACCUGACACAGGAGGGAGGUCAGAUCGCAGUUUUUGAUGCAACAAACACAACCAGAGAACGCCGAGACCUCAUUCAAGCCUUUGUGAAAGAGAAUGCAUUCAAGGUGUUCUUCGUGGAGUCAGUGUGUGACGACCCAGAGGUCAUUGCUGCUAAUAUUCUGGAAGUGAAGGUGUCCAGUCCUGACUACCCUGAGCGACACAGAGAGAGAGUAAUGGAUGACUUCCUUAAACGAAUUGAGUGCUACAAGGUUACUUACCAACCAUUAGAUCCUGACAAUUACGACAAGGACCUUUCUUUCAUCAAGGUGAUGAACGUGGGCCGACGUUUUCUGGUGAACCGGGUGCAGGACUACAUCCAGAGUAAGAUAGUCUACUACCUCAUGAACAUCCAUGUCCACUCGCACUCCAUCUACCUGUGUCGGCACGGAGAGAGCAACCACAACGUUGAAGGCCGCAUCGGAGGAGACUCUGAACUUUCUCCUCGAGGGAAACAGUUCGCCCAUGCCCUGCGAGAUUUCAUCGAGGAGCACAAACUCUCAGAUUUGAAGGUGUGGACGAGCCAACUGAGAAGGACCAUCCAGACAGCGGAGGAGCUGCGGGUGCCUUACGAGCAGUGGAAGAUACUCAACGAGAUCGAUGCUGGUGUGUGUGAGGAGAUGACCUACGAGAAUAUCCAGAAGACAUUACCGGAGGAGUUUGUUUUGAGGGACCAGGACAAGUACCACUAUCGCUACCCAGGAGGAGAGUCCUACCAGGACCUUGUUCAGCGAUUGGAGCCGGUUAUCAUGGAGUUAGAGAGACAGGGCAACGUGUUGGUCAUCUGCCACCAGGCUGUGAUGCGCUGUUUGCUGGCUUACUUUCUGGACAAAAGUGCAGAAGAUCUACCGUACAUGAAAUGUCCGCUCCACACAGUGCUCAAACUUACCCCUGUUGCCUAUGGUUGUAAAGUGGAAAUGUUUUAUCUUAAUGUGGAGGCAGUAAACACACAUCGAGACCGGCCUCUUGAUAAAAUCCCGAGGGACUCUGCUCUCAUACAUCGGCGGAAUAGUUACACUCCCUUGUCCAGUCACGACCAGGUCAAGCGUCCAAGGCUGUACAGCGCGGGCAACCAGCCCUGGCUACCUCUCGCCCCCACCCCAUCAGCUCUGAUGCCAGAGGAACGGCAAAGCCAAGGCAUGUUUCGGGUCUUGAAACAGGUUGCUCUCUUCUUCUAAUGUCGUGGCCUGUCCAGUGUUUGUCUUGCAUGACCUCUGCUCCACCACCGGGCUGUCUCCGGCUUGAAUAUGCAGUACAGCAUGUCUCUUAUUUGCUGAGGAAAGCUCCCUAUGAGUUAGCCUUCUGAGUUGAUUGUGGAAUACAAAAGACACACAAAAAUCAAAGACAUCUUGUAUUGUUUUAUGACAAGUGAUCAUAAUAAACAUAAUAUACAUAUUAGCUCUACAUCUUCUAAAGUGAUGAUCCCAUUUUUAAAAACUGAAACCCAUUUGGGAAAUUUUAAGGGAAAUUUGAGAAAAUUAAUAUAAUACAUAAAUGACAGAUUUGAAACUUACAAGAAGUGUUGAAAUUUAAAAAUGCAUAUUCGUAUUUGUAUGUGUUGUGCAUUUGUUGGCCUUGCCUUGUGGGUACAGUGCUUCAGCCCAUCUCCACAUUUCUAUCUAUCUCUGUCUUUCUUUCUCCACGUUCUCGAACCCUGUCCUAAAGCCCCGGAUAGGAAGCAGUUGUCUGUGAGUAUUUCGGAGACUUGCUACAUGUAGCCCACCCUUCAUUUUCUUUCCCAUACUUCAACUCAUCUCAUUUUAACCCAUGUUAAUAUACAGUAAGUUACCACAGUGGUGUAUUUUUUUUAUGGUUUUCGGUCCUUAGGUUUCUCUAACCUUCCAUCACCUUUGCACAAAGAAAGCUGCUAUCGGCUAUGUUUCAAGAGCACUUUAUCACGCGCUGAUUUUUUUUUUUUUUUUUUAGUAGUUUAAUAAUUGGCUGCAAAAGAGAAAGCGACUACAAUAAAACUCUUUCAUGAUAGUCUUUGUAAUCCACCUGUGUAUAUACAGAAUUUUAAAAUGGUAAAAUAAUGGCAAACAAGUAACCAUUACACAUACACACGUUAAAUUAUGGUAAUUCAAGGGUGUUUGAGUAUCGAUGAAAGUGAAGUGUGCAAGAUUUUGAUUUGGAGCCAAUCAAGGGUCAGAGUGUGAUUAAAAAUGAAACACUUCUUGAGAAUGUACUAAAGAAAAGUCUUCAGUAUUGUGACGGUUUUACCACACCUCACAUAAUGACCUAGUUUCUCAAAUAGGAACGUAAGACUCCUGGGCUGCCCGGGAAGCUAUUAGAUUCCUUGAAUAGCAUUUGCUGCUGUAAGGCAUUAAUUUGUGAAUGUCAGUGACAUUUUCUUUUUCUUGAAGGAGUCCCUGUGUGAAGGAAUCGACUUUGACAGCCCCGAAGAAACUAGUGGCUGUGUCCGCUUCUGAGUGAAGAUGAAAGCCUCUUUCUAAGCGGCACAAUUCAAUCGUGAACCAAAAGAUCGAAAGAAAUGUUUUUUGAUUUUUUUGUUUUUUUUGUUUUUAACUGCAUUUUUGUAAAUCAUAGUCAGAGUAAGUGUAGGACGAAGUCAAAGUUUGAUUUUGAAAAAGAGGCCGCCCAGACACCAGAUCAUUUUUGUUCCUAGUUAUCUCAACUUCCUGUUUGUCUUUACUCCGCAUGCUGAGACUUGGAACUGCAAGCUUUAUCUAUAGUAUCAAACACGCCUGCAUGUGCAAAAGAAGAAAUCAGUGAACCAACAGAACAUACUCUAUUACAGUAAAUAAUACAAUGCCUUACUGAAUAAUAGAUAUACUGAUAGAAUUAGCUCCUCUAUAUGCCUCCGAAUGUAACAGGAACAAGUUAUGCAUUAUUAUGAUGAAAAUCAAUUUUCUCUAUUGCAAACAGAAUAUGUCAUAAAGUAGAUGAUGUAAAAAUAUUUUUCUAAUACAAAUGCACUCAUCUACCGUAUACAAACGAUCUGUAGUCGUGAUUCUUAUGUAUUCCGAAGCCAUCAUCUGUUAUCUCUUAUGUCAUGGAUUUGAGAGAAUGGUACUCAUCGGGUUCUGCAGGAGAUUAAAAUACUGUACUGAGUUUCGUCCUUCUGUUAAUGAAGCAUCUUAUUUGUUGUCAGAAAAUACACCAAAUUGCUGGAGAUACUUUGUACCAGCAGUAGAUGAACAAAUUUUGCUUUUCUGUCACAGGCUGCCGUAAAGUUGUUGCCCUGCUCAAAGCAGCCUACUUGUGCCUUUUUAGCUGACAAUAAA